AUCAUCGAGUACUCUAUCUCUAGCCUGUUAAUUAGUUCAGAUGGAAACUAUAUGUCUGAGUUUUCUAGUGAUUCUGUUGAUGGUUUUGGCAGCAAAAGGUCAAGGAGGAUUAAGAACAAAUUUCUAUUCUUCGUCUUGCCCAAAAGCAGAAGCCAUAGUCAGGUCCACUGUUGAAGCAAACUUCCGCAAAGAUCCAACCAUUGCAGCUGGCUUGCUUAGGCUUCAUUUCCAUGACUGCUUUGUUCGGGGCUGCGAUGGUUCAAUUUUGAUUACAGGAGCUUCAGCUGAAAGGAAUGCAUUGCCAAACCUUGGAUUGAGAGGAUUUGAAGUGGUUGAUGAUGCAAAGACACAACUAGAGGCCUUGUGCCCUGGACUGGUCUCAUGUGCUGAUAUACUAGCAUUCGCUGCUCGUGAUUCUGUAGACUUGAGCCAAGGUCCAAGUUGGGUAGUGCCUGCUGGAAGAAGAGAUGGUAGGAUCUCUUCAUCAUCUGAGUCCUCAAAUAUGCCAUCUCCUUUCGAUUCUGUUGCUGCCCAGAGAAGCAAGUUUUCAGCCAAAGGCCUAGAUGAUCAUGACCUUGUCACACUUGUUGGGGCACAUACCAUAGGCCAAACAGACUGCUUAUUCUUCAGAUACCGUCUGUACAACUACACGACAACAGGCAAUUCAGACCCAACUAUAAACCAAGCAUUCGUGGCGCAACUACAAGCCCUCUGCCCCAAAGAUGGCGAUGGCUCAAAACGCGUGGCGUUAGACAAAGAUAGUCAGAUGAAUUUUGAUGCGAGCUUCUUCAAGAAUGUCAGAGAUGGCAAUGGAAUUCUGGAGUCGGACCAGAGGCUCUGGGGAGAUGCUGCAACGCGCAGCAUCGUGCAAAAUUAUGCAGGGAACAUAAGAGGCUUACUGGGAUUUAGAUUUGAUUUCGAGUUUCAGAAAGCUAUGAUCAAAAUGAGUAGCAUUGAGGUGAAGACUGGUACACAAGGAGAGAUCAGAAAAAUAUGUUCAAAGUUCAAUUAGCAGCUUAAUGAUAUCAGUGUAACAUAUGCAACAUUGGAGCAUAAUGAUGUUGUUAUUGUAAUUAACUUCUGAUAAAGUUGAUGGAUGGAAGUAAAAUGGAAGAGUUAAGUCACAUAAAGAACCUUGCAAGUGCCCAAAAAAAAAUAAAUAAAUAAAAUAAAAAUAAAAAAUUCCAUUGGAUGCCAAAAUUAAUAAAAUAAACAAGCGGUUAUCAAGAGAAUAAAAAUUCCAUUGGAUUGUUUAAUUUGAUGCUCAUGAAGCUAUCAACCAUUUCCAUUCUUUAAGAAAAAAAAAAAAAUGUGAAUAAAUUAGGCGGAGAGAAGUUUUUAUUUACUGGAAAUAAAAAAAUUAAGAGAUUUAUUUAUAUGGAGGAAGAGUAAUAAGGAAGGAUUUUGAAAAAUUAAAUUUAAGGAAAGACACGUAUGUGAUUGAGCAAAGAAAAAAAUAAAAAAUAAAAAAUAAAAAAAUUUAUAUACCCUAUUUAUAUAGAAAUAAUAUUAGUUAUGCUUGUUAGUUUUAUUUUAAUAUUUUAAUUUAUAUAUUAAUAAAAUAAUAUAAUAAAUACUUCCCCGUCCCAAAUUAAACUUAGUGUCUUUGGGAAUGACAGAGGGAGGGAGUAUUUCUUAAAAAUAAUAUAGCAACUUGCCAAGGUUUUGGUUUUCUUCUCCCAAAUUCAUGGUACCAAGAAUGCCAUGUCAGAAUCUAUCGUCCACAAGCAAAAGGAAGGCAAAACCGCAAAAGGGAUGGAUGCUACGGCGUCGUUCUGUAAUAUAUUACUAAUAAACGUCGUCGCCUCCUUUCAUCAACAAGGACAUUCUCGUUUUAUCCGGAAGAAGCAGGCCAUUGAAUUGAAGCUUUAAAUAAAGAAAAGAAACGUAUUCAUGGAAGCUAUGCCGAUAGUAUCAAACCCCUACAUUCAUUUCCCCCCAAAAUACUCUUUAUAUAUAUAUAUAUAUAUCGCUUUGGCU